AUGCCACGCCAAGCGCGGGGUAACGCAACCCAACCUCCUCUUUCCUCCAUCUCCUCCUUCACCUUCACGUUUGCUUCUUUCAUUACCGCAACCAUCCCUAAAAGCAACAUGGACUCCCUGAGCCGCGAGAUUCUGGAUCUAAUUGUCUUUCAUAUUGCUGGCUACGACCCGCCUUUUCCCCCGCUGCGAAGAGAACCCUUGCCGCAACUCUCGUGUUAUGCGGCAAUCUCCAAAAAGUGGCAGCAAGCCGUGGAAAGAUACACCUUCUAUACAAUUUCGACAGAUAGCGCCAGCUUUGACAUGCUAAGAUACGUUACCCGCACAAUUCCCCGUCGACGCCAUGUCAAUGAGCUCUUCUACCGUAUUGAACUGCCCCGCUUCAGUGUUGAACGCGCGCAACAUCGCGAGGGGCGUGAAGAGCACGAGGCAAAUCUCACUGCCUUCCAGGAAAGUCUCACGCGACUCUGGAAUGAGCUUGCUACCUGGCAAGAACCCCAUAUGUCGCCGCGCGGGGUUUUGCUAAAUGUGACCGCCAAUGCGUUGAAUUAUUUCGAUGUAUCCGUAGACUCGGACUACCAAAAUCGCUGGGAUCUCCCUGCUCACAGCUUAACCCUACCCAGCGACAAAGAGCCUAGCCUCCCCACAAUCAACUGCGUGACAAGCCUAAAGGUCGGAGAACCCCUGACUCGUCGGAUCUACCCCUCUGCUAUCGAACAGAUGCUUCACUCCCUACCCAACUUGCGUCACUUGAACAUUCGGCUGGACUCAGUCCCGCUUAAGAAUAGGUCAAUGUGGAGGGAGAUGCGAAAUGCUCUGGCCCGUGCCUUGGACGCACCUCCCUUGAGGUUCCUGGAAUCUCUCGAGAUUAACGAAUUCCAGAGAUUAAUCCCUUGCAAUCAUAGUUACGACCUUGCCGACAAUGACCCUGACUAUCCCAACGGGGAUCACCUGUGCCAAGCGAUGCGCAAGCUUGCCCAAACGUCCUUACGGAAGCUCAUAUUUCAUGGUCGCAUUUCACCAACUCUCUGGGCAGUCGAUCGCGAAGACGCGAACCAGCAGCAAAUCUCAUUCCCUUUUCUGAAAGAAGUGCGCGUCUUGUUUUAUAUGUUUACGUACGACGGGCGUUGGUAUUAUACCGGCAAUCGAGGCGCCGAGGCAGCGGCCCAGGUGGACAUGGACCGAAUAGCAAGGGAAGCAGACACCGACCCCCGCUAUGACUACGACUCAGAUUCUUCCUUUAACUUCCCUCCCCGCGAAACUAGGCGGGAGUCGUUCCUCAAUGGCAAUCGUCCCCAUCGUCCCUGGCGAAAGCGGCCCGACACGGAGAUGUUCAAUCCAUUGAUGCGAGCCCUUGUAUCGGCUACAUUGCGGAUGCCCAGUUUACAAAUCCUUGAUGUCAAAACUGAUAACUAUGAUCACUACCACAUUCAAGUUGCUGUCGAGUACUUAGAGCCGGGUGUCCAGGCCCAGUAUAUCCCGCCAGAUCAGCAGACAGGUGUGCAGUUGGCGAAAAGAAGGUGGACUGUGACCCAUCAACGGAAAACGUCUUGGGAUCUACCGGAUGACAUACGGGCUAUGAUGCAAGAGAGGGCUGGCGAGGAUGGAAUCAUUAUUGAGGCUGAGAUGUGGAAGAAAUAUGACGAUGAUUCACUAACAGAUGAAGAUGAUGUUAGAGAGGAAAGCCCCGAUGACUUAGAUGGUCCGCUUGAUUGGCAGUGGGAGCUUUGA